AUGGUUGGGCUGUCUUACAAGGUUUACUUGAUCAAAGACACGCCACAUGCCAACUCGAUCGCCAUGAAUCUAUCUGUGAUAUUUAAUCUCGCGGCUUCGAUGGGCAACUUGCAUGAGAUACGUGUCACUCUAUCCUACGGAGCGUUCGGCUUGACUGAGAGACACCCUCUGGCCGGCAUAUCAGAUUUCCAAAGCACGCAGAGAUACUUUCCCCUCAAACGAGCAACAGAUCCCUCGCAAUAUUCCUUGGGCAGGACGUUCUUGCAAGAAGCAUACGUGACUGCGGACUACAGCGAUGAUGCGCGUAAUCUCACAAUCGCACCAGCACAAUUCCCCACCAACACCGCGACCAUGAACAUCACAACCGUAUAUCCUGCGCCAAAGCAUCGUGGAGAUACGGGAUUGAGUGCCGGAGCGAUCGCAGGGAUUUCCAUCGACGCAGUAGCAAUUCUAGCCUUACUCGCUGGCCUCGGCUUCUGGUUUUGGCGAAAGAAGGACAGGAAAGCAAAGAAGUUGCAGAAUAGAAGCACUGGGAUACUCAGUACUCGAACCGCAAGCAUGGAUAAUACCACCAUCGUUAGUGACCUCGACCCAGCCGAGCGAGAGCGCUUCGAGUUCUACAGCAAACCAUUCUACAGCCCACCAGUCGACCACAACGAAGGUCAAGAUUACUUCAAGGCUGAACUCGACGCGAGAGCGACGGCUAUCAGUCCUGGUGGGAAUCAGAAAUAUGAACCCUACGGUGGUAGUGUGCGACGUCCGUCCCAUAUCAGGAAUAUGUCGGAUAUCAGUCAGGGUAGUGGGAUGUUGCCGGUGGGUAACGGGAGGUUCUCGAAUAUCAUGGGAGAGCCGUCGGCGUCUUUUGAUCCGCCUUCGCCGCCUAUGCAUCCGAGUGGAAGUCCCUCUCCACCGCACUCGAGACAUCAUUCGGCUAGUAAUACCCAGGAGAUCUAUGAGAUGGCUGUGGGAGGUGCGUGGGCGAGCAGUGUCCCGUGCAAAUAA